UGGAAUAUUAAGCCUUAAAAAAAGAUUUACCGCAGUCAUUCUGUGUAUGUCUAGUCAGAAUGCAAGAUCUGCUAACUGAACUGAAGUGAAGUUUAGCUGACCCCAUUCAAACUGCCUCUUAGUCGACACUGCAUUCAAAAUUCUGCACAGCUUUUUUCCGGUCACCCGGUCAUUUGCUGACUACUGACUCUGCUACAGUGAUAGAUGUUAUCUUGAGGAAGGGAUGAACGUCUUUGUGGCGAGGCAGCCGGAGGACCGCUGAACAUAUGCUCCCACUUCCCGUCGCUGCAGCUUGCUACUCUCUACUUGAUGGGCAGAUGACUCAAGAAAGUAACAGCCGCGCUGCCCAGGGCCAGGUUUCACCUGCAACAACCGAGGGCGAGAUUUACCCCGCAGCCGGUUCGGCGAGAGAGAGGAACUGCUGCACCUCGUACCUUCCCCCGACGGCCGUCAACUCCACCCUGCGUCUCCAGGCCCUGAGGAGCACCAUGGUUCCUCUCAACAUCUCCGCGUACAUCAUCCCUGCUACCGACGCCCACCUGAGCGAGUACAUCGCAGUGCGGGAUGCAAGAGUGAGAUGGAUCUCAGGUUUCAGCGGAUCUGCUGGCACAGCAGUGGUGACGCAGACCCAGGCUCUCCUCUGGACCGACAGCCGGUACUGGAUCCAGGCCGAACGUGAAAUGGACUGCAACUGGGAGCUGGUGAGAGACUCCUCCAUCAGCAGCAUAACGAACUGGCUGAUCACUAACAUCCCCGAGGGAGAGGAGAUCGGCUUUGACCCCUUCCUCUUCUCCAUUGAAACGUUCAAGGCUUAUGAUGUCAGCCUGGCGCCUGGUAACCGGAUCCUUAAGUCUCUCCCAGAUAAUCUGGUUGACAAGGUGUGGACCGACCGGGACCCAGUGCCGCCAGACAACAUCUUUCGGCUCCCGGACAGCAUGGUCGAGAGGACCUGGCAGAUGAAAGUGGAGCAAAUCCGUCAGCAGAUCAGAGACAAUCCCUACAAGCCCACUGCGGUCCUUCUGUCUGCAUUGGACGAGACGGCGUGGCUCUUCAAUCUCCGUGGCAACGACAUCCCUUACAACCCCUUCUUUUACUCCUACACGCUGUUGACCUUGGAUCAGAUCUGGCUCUUUGUUCACACUGAGAGGGUACCUGAGGAGCUGAAGCUACACCUGAACUCAGACUGUUUCCUGGAGAAUUGUGUGCAGCUGCUGGCUUAUGAUAGCGUGCGGACAUACAUUGAGACCUACCUGACCAAGCCCAAAGUUAAGGUGUGGAUUGGGACAGAGUACACCACCCGUGCCCUGUCUGAACUCAUCACUCCGGAGGAGAAGGUCCUGACCAGUGACUACUCCCCGGUGCUCACCACGAAAGCGGUGAAGGGCGAGAAGGAGCGACGCAUCCUGAAAGACGCUCACAUCAGAGAUGCUGUCGCAGUCAUGAAGCUCCUGAUCUGGCUGGAGAACACGGUCCCCAAAGGGACUGAGACUGAGCUAACAGCGGCCCGCUAUGUCAACGAGCGACGCAGUGAACAGGAAUACAGCAAGGGCCCGAGCUUUGAGACCAUUUCUGCCAGCGGGCCCAACGCUGCCCUGGCCCAUUACAGCCCCACUAAUGAGACAAGCAGGAAGUUGAGUGUAGAUGAGAUGUACUUGGUGGAUUCCGGCGGUCAGUAUCUUGAUGGGACCACUGACAUCACUCGGACUGUGCACUGGGGGACGCCCACAGACUUCCAGAAGGAAGCCUUUACUCGGGUUCUGAUGGGAAACAUUGAGAUCUCAAGAACCAUCUUUCCUGCAAAGACCAGAGGUGUUUACAUGGAGAUGCUGGGCCGCAGGGCAUUGUGGGAAGUGGGACUGAACUAUGGCCACGGGACAGGACAUGGGGUGGGCAACUACUUCGGCGUACAUGAAUGGCCUGUUGGAUUUCAGUCCAAUAACAUCCCAUUUGACGAGGGCAUGUUCACCUCCAUAGAGCCAGGAUACUACAAGGAAAAUGAGUUUGGAAUAAGAAUUGAAGAUGUUGCUGUCGUAGUACCAGUGACAACUAAGUAUGGGAAUAACUACAUGACCUUCGAGAUCGUUUCUCUGGUGCCUUACGACAGGAAGCUGAUAGACACGUCCAUUAUGAGUCCCCAGCAGCUGCAGUGGCUGGACGAAUACUACAGGAAGAUCCGGGCCAUUAUGGGCCCAGUGUUGGACAGGCAGAGUUUGAAGCAGGAGAAGGAGUGGAUGAUGAGAAACACGGAGCCCUUCGUGUCUGCGGGAGCCCCUGCCACCGUGUCCUCCCUCACUGUGACCCUCCUAGUGCUGUGCAGAGCCCUGUUUCAGUACCUGUCCUAAUACUGCCCCCUCCCCUCCCGCCCCCUCUGCCCCCAGC